CAUUCCUUCGAGUCCCGUUGCAGGAUCAGCCAAUUCCUUAGUAACUUGUUUCUGAGCCGUGUUUGUGUCACCCCGCAGAACCUCUCUCAACGAACUACACCAACACCAUAAUCAUGGCCAACACCGAGAACGAGAUUCAAGACAAGGUGAAACGGGUCCUUCAGGGAACACCGUUCGCCGUCUCAUCGCUCAAGAAACUCUCGGGUGGUACUGCCAACUUCAUGUAUCGUGCCACCCUCGAGAACCCCUCCUCAGAAUACCCCGACGGUGUGGUGAUUAAACAGGGUGAAGGCUAUGUUGCUACUAACCCUGCUUUUCCUCUGACGACAUCGCGAUGUGCCGUCGAGCAAGAGUCUCUCAUCCAUCUUGCUGCGCUCCCUCCUGCAACAACACCGUCCUGCGCCAUAUCAACUCCCACCGUGUAUCACUUCAACAAAGAAACCAAUACCCAGGUCCAAGAGUAUCUCACCAACGCCGUCAGCCUCAAGGACUAUACUCUCAAGCACUACGCCGCCCCAACUCCCGAGUCGUUCAAGCCUCAGUGCGAUCAGCUCGGUCACGGCCUCGGUGCUUGGCUCCGCGCAUUCCACUCCUGGAGUCAGGAGCCUGGUCAAGCUGCGCUUCGAGAAGUCUUUGCGGGGAACAAGGAGAUGCAGGUUCUUAAGAACAUGAUUAACUACCAGCAGUUACUGCAGAAGGUGGAUCAGCAUGCGACCAUUCUUGGUGAUUCAAGGCAUGUUAUCCAGGGCAUCAGCGAUUUGGCUGCUAAGGAGCUCGAGGAUGAGACUGCUCUAAACGUCAUUCACGGUGACUUUUGGACCGGAAAUGUCUUGCUGCCUGAUGUCUCCAUUCAAGAGGGCACUCAGACUCCCAUCAGAAUUGUCGACUGGGAGAUGGCAGAACUAGGCGUUCGACCUCUCGACCUGGGUCAGAUGAUUGCCGAACUUUGGCAGCUGAAACUCUACAAGGAUAUCGACGCUGGCGAGUGGCUGAUCAGGGCAUUUGCUGACGGCUACGGCGCGGUCGACGAUGAGUUCGCCUACCGCACAAUCAUCCACGUCGGUGUUCACCUAAUUUGCUUCGGCUCCCAGACGCCGGAAUGGGGCACCCCUGAGCAGAACAUCGGGCUGGUCAAGGUGGGCAAGGAGAUUCUGGUCAAGGCGUGGAAUAAGGAUCGAGACUACUUCAACGACCAUGUACUUGGCAGUUUGUUUGGUUCUCAAAACUAGCAUUCUGUGCUUCUUAAACGUGCAGACUCGACAUAGAAUCGAUUGAAGCACAAAAUGGAUGCCAAAUGACGGACAGACUGUGUGGUUUCUAAACUUGUGGGAUCAAUAUGCUCUCUUACAUGUGGGCGCAUGGUUUAUUCGAAGCUACCCACCUUGUACUUCAAAGAUAGAAACCGCAAUAUGAGCCAAGGUGGGUUCUU